AUGGAUAACCGCAAGAAUGACGAAUACGUUUCCUCCCCGGAAUUGUAUUUAACACCGCCCCCAACUCCGCAAUUGACCGCAUGCCCAGAUGAACCAAACGGUCUGCCCACACCAGGCUUCAUGGACCUAAUGGAGUACGCUCAGCAGUCUCCAACCAAGGCUGAGGAGGCUGAUGGACUAUUUCAGAAAAGGAAACAGUUCCAGCGCGAAGAAGGCGAGCUCAGUCCACAAGAGCAACAUCAUAAGUCGGAGCCCCAAUGCUGGAACACACCUCAGUCCCCAGAGAUACCGAGCGAUGUGCCUACAGCAGGCCAGGAAGACCAUAAAACCGAACACGAUCAGCAGUCUGAACUUGAGCCUGGAGAGAUUGACGAACUAAUGCGACAACGUCAGGAGAUCGAACGACUCGCUCAGGAAGCAGAACAAAUUGUAGCCGACACCCGUACCUGGCUUUCGCCCCUCUCUCCUCCACCUUACGAAAACCAGGACCUCCAGGAUCGAAUCUCGCGGUGUCUUGUCCAACUCGAAGAAGCCAGACGGAACAUCCAAUAUUACACGCAGCGCCUGGAGGCCCGGCUUCAGGAACACCAAAACGACGAACGCCAUCAACGGCUCCGCCGCCGCCUCCGUCGCAGGCAGCAACGGCGGCAGGCCAGGCAGAUUACAUCCCAUCUCCGGGAGUCUGGGAUCGAUCUAGGGCUUGGAAUCAAUAUCGAUGGUCUCAGUGAGUCAACCUCAGAAUCAGCUCCGAAGAUCCACCCCAACUUCAAAGACAAAAUCGCCCACCUCGCGCGCAAACUGCACCCGCUCGUAUCGUACUCAACCGGCCGCACGCACCCAUAUUUCCCCAAGUCAAUCCUCGCCUUCAACUUGUUGACGUCCGCGCAGCUUGACGCUCUGGCGCUGCACUUCCACCAGGUCUACCCGCCGAGGCGUGAGUCCUUCCGGUAUCCGCUCCCCGUGAAGCCAUGGCUUACGACGAAUGGCUUUGUGCGGGACUUGGGGGUUGAUACGGAGGUGAAGAGACGUCGAUUUGGGAGGUUCAUUGGGCUGAGGGGGUGCGAGAGUCCGGUCAAAGCGGAAAGUGAGGAGGGCAAAGCAGCGAGGGAAGAAAGUGUGAUUGAACAGGUGGAGAGGGACUGGGAGAGGAGGCAUAUGGUUGCUAAGGCAGUGGAGGAGAGGAGAAGGAAUGCACCCGGUAGAUACAUGUUCAUGGACGGGAUGGAGGAUGUAUGA